GCGCCACAGCCAGCCCUCAGUGUGUGUCUACCGGUGAAUGAGAGAAGACGGAGGAAAAUAAACUGCAGAUUGGUUCAGCAGAAACCGUGAGCAGGUCUCCAUGGCCCAGUUCGGGGGGCAGAAGAACCCUCCAUGGGCGGCCCAGUUUGCGGCAACAGCGGUAUCACAGCCUGGCCACACGGGACAGUCCCUGGACCUAAACAGCUUACAUUCAUUAGGAGUGCAGCAGCAGUCUCUUCUGGGAGCGUCUCCUAUGUACACUCAGCAGUCGGCUUUAGCUGCAGCCUCCCUCAACUCACAGUCAGCUGCCAACUAUCAGCUCUCUCAGCAGACCGCAGCGCUCCAGCAGCAGGCCGCCGCUGCCGCUGCCGCAGCAGCAUUACAGCAGUCGCAGAUCAAUUCAGCCCUGCAGCAGUAUCAACAGCAGCAGCAGCAACAACAGCAGCCACCUCAAGCCCCCCCGCCACAACCUCCACCCCAACAAACACUCUACAAUGUCCCACAUCAGCUUCCACAACCCCAGCAAGCGCUGCUAUCACAGCCCCCUGUCGCUUUGCCCACCAGUCUGAGCCUGUCCAACCCUCAGCAGACGGCACAGAUAACGGUGUCAUACCCGACCCCUCGCUCCAGCCACCAGCAGCAGACGCAACCCCAAAAACAGCGUGUUUUUACUGGGGUCGUCAGCAAGCUGCAUGACACUUUCGGCUUUGUUGAUGAGGAUGUCUUCUUCCAGCUCAGUGCGGUCAAGGGGAAAACACCCCAAGUCGGUGACCGUGUCCUGGUGGAGGCCGUCUACAAUCCCAACAUGCCUUUCAAAUGGAACGCUCAGCGCAUUCAAACCUUACCUCAGCUCCCCAACCAAACGCACCAGCCGCCUCAGCCCUUACCUCAGGUUUCCCCACAGCUGUCCAGCUUUUACACUGACGCAGGAAUGCAACGCUACUCUGAUUUACACUCGGCGGUGGAUUCAAGACAAAAUAGCCAGCCACAAGUCCCGAAUAUGAUGAAACCAGGUCCCACCAUGCUUCAGUCUCUACCCCCACCCACCACAUUCAGUGUCCCAGCACAGGGGCCUCCUCCAUCUCUCCUGCAGGCCCAGCUCUCCGCUGCAUCUCUGGCUCCUCUCCUGCAGAACCCACCGCAGCCACUGCUGCCCCAGCCACCCCCUAAAGAUUCUGUGUUUUCUGGAGGUUUGCUGCAGCCUCCAGUGCGGAUGAUGCCUCAGCCUCAGCAGGUGAGGCGUGUCGAGCCCUCGCCCCGCUUCCCCAACCGCAGUGACCGGCCAGAGCUCAUCCUAAGGAAAGAUGAUCGCAGGUCAGCACUCAAACAUACACCAGACUCUCAGUGCUUCUCAAGACGGAGUCGUGAAAGAGAGAGAGAGAGAAGACGAUCGAGAGAACGCUCACCCAUGCGGAAACGCUCUAGAGAUCGCUCUCCUCGGCGAGAACGUUCACCAAGACGGCCACGCAGAGUUGUUCCAAGAUAUACUGUGCAGUUCUCCAAAUUCUCUCUCGAUGGAUACAAUUGUGAUAUGAUGGAGUUGCGGCGGAGGUAUCAGAGCCUCUACAUCCCUAGUGACUUCUUUAACGCUGUGUUUACUUGGGUGGAUGCCUUCCCCUUAUCAAGACCUUUUACUUUCGGAAACUACUGUAACUUCCACAUCAUGCAUAAAGAGGUGGACUCGUUGGUCAAAAACACAGCAGUGCUGGACCCGCCUGAUGCCAAUCACACCUACAGUGCAAAGGUGAUGCUGUUGGCCAACCCCAGUCUAGAUGAGCUGUAUCAUAAGUCAUGUGCUCUGUCAGAAGAUCCAGCCGAGCUCAGAGACUCGUUCCAGCACCCUGCCCGCCUCAUCAAGUUCCUGGUGGGGAUGCGGGGCAAGGACGAGGCCAUGGCCAUCGGGGGUCACUGGUCUCCCUCUUUGGAUGGGGCCGACCCAGAACACGAUGCCUCAGUCCUUAUAAAGACAGCUGUACGUUGUUGUAAGGCUCUGACAGGCAUUGAUCUGAGUUUAUGCACCCAGUGGUAUCGUUUUGCAGAGAUACGCUAUCACCGCCCUGAGGAGACUCACAAAGGGCGGACAGUCCCCGCACAUGUGGAGACAGUGGUUUUAUUUCUCCCGGAUGUUUGGCAUUGUCUUCCUACCCGCUCAGAGUGGGAGGAGCUGUCGCGUGGACUCAAGGAGCAGCUGGCAGAGAAACUCUUGGCUGAACGGAAGGAGGCUGAUGGAGAACAGGAGGAGGAGGAUAAGGAUGAAGAUGAUUCAAAGGAAGUCACUACACCAACUCACUGGUCUAAACUUGAUCCUAAAUCUAUGAAGGUCAGUGAUUUGCGUAAGGAGUUGGAGAGCCGUUCACUGAGCUCCAAAGGGCUGAAGUCGCAGCUGAUUGCUCGCCUCACCAAGCAGCUGAAGGUGGAGGAGCAGGUAGAGGAGUCAAAGGAGCCUGAGAAGCCUGAACCUCCUAGUGUGGAGGAGGACGAGUCCUGCAGGCUGGAGGAUGACCGAGAGGAGGAGGAGCGGAAGCGUCAAGAGGAGCAGGAACGCCAGCGCAGAGAGAGACGUUAUGUUCUGCCAGAUGAGCCUACCAUUAUUGUACACCCCAACUGGGCUGCCAAAAAUGGCAAAUUUGACUGCAGCAUCAUGUCCUUGAGUGUGCUGCUGGACUACCGGCUGGAGGAUAAUAAAGAGCACUCUUUUGAGGUGUCAUUGUUUGCUGAAUUGUUCAACGAAAUGCUUCAACGAGACUUCGGCUACAGGAUUUACAAAGCUCUCGCUUCUCUUCCAACCAAGGAUGAGAAGAAGGACAAAAAAGAGAGAGCUAAAAAAGAGGCCGAAAGAAGGGAUAUAAAGAAAGAAAGAGAUGAAGACAAUGGAGAGCCGGUCGCAAAGAGAAUAAGAGAGGAAGAUGACAAGAGGAAGGAUGAGGAAAAGGAGAGAGGAAUAAAGAGAGAAGAAUCCAAAGAUGACGACGAUAAUGAAGAUGGAAGCAGCAACAACAAUGCAGAUGAAUACGAUCCUUUGGAGGCAGAAGAUGCAGACGAUUAUGAUGACGAUGAUAAAGAUGAUGAAGACUCGAAUGGCCGGGACAGAAGAGACGACCGACGAGACGACCGGAAGUCUAAAGACAGGUCAUCUAAAGAUAAAGACGAGAAGAAAAGGCAGAUGGUGACGUUCAACAAGGAUCUGCUGAUGGCCUUUGUGUACUUCGACCAGAGUCACUGCGGGUACCUGCUGGAGAAGGACUUGGAGGAGAUCAUGUACACACUGGGCCUGCAUCUGUCCAGAGCUCAGGUGAAGAAGUUGUUAAACAAACCUUUGGUUAAAGAGUCGUGCCAUUAUCGAAAGCUGACGGACAGGCCUAAAGAUGAGCCUUGCCCCGCACUGAUCUCUGAGGCUCACAUAGACAACCUUUUAGGUAACCAGAUUUUACUGACCAGCCAGAAGAUCAAGCGAGAGCCAGAUGAGAGCGGUGAGUCAGGGAGUCUAAUCGUCUACAAGGGAGCUCUGGUGGAUGUGGGAAGUAUGAUGCAGAAGCUGGAGAAGAGCGAGAAAACACGAGAGGACAUUGAGCAAAAGCUCAUGCAGCAAGAUGUUAAAAUGGAGGAGGAUUCAAAGCAUUUAUCAGAGCUAGAAGCUGCUAACAGGAGCCUUCAAAAGGAGCUGGACGAUGUAAAGAACACCCUGAGGGAGACGGAGAGCAAACUGACAGCCUCAGACCAGCGCAAGGGCAGAUUUGAGCAGCAGCUCCACAGCACAGUGUCCAGCCUCGACACCAUCAAGAAGGAGCUGCAGGGGGUUUUAGCAAACAAUGACCAUUCAGAAGACGCAGACCACAAAACUCAAGCUAAUGGCUCGGAUGAGUGAACUCCCCUCUCCAGUUCAUCCACAUUUAAUCUCCUUUCAGAUAUGUAAAUAAGUGGAACGCUAACACAAUUACGAAGCUAAUUAAAUGUAGAUUUUUUUUUCCGAUUGUGUACAAAGUUUUAAUGAGCGUGGAGGCGAACUCCCAGUUUUUUCAGAAAUCUGUAUUUAAAAGUAAUCGAUUUCAUCAGAAUCGAACUAUUGAAUUUAACAGGUUCACGUUAAAAUAGAUUGUUUGAUUUGUGUAUGUUUUGGUUACUUGCCAGUUUAAGUCAUUUUAACGUUGCGCUAUCAGCAUAUUUCCUCGUGAAAUGACACAUGACUUGUGCCAGUACGCAGACUUAAUUUAGCAAUAAAAUUGUUAUUUAUGUUUAAAUGCAACUGUGUUUAGAAACAGCGAUUGGGAUUGUAUUAAUGUCUAUGAGGAGCUGCUUUCUGAUCCAUUUCACUGAUCGACUGACAUGUUUUUGUGUUGGGUCACACCUGCGCAUGCAUCUUAAUAAGCAAAUGCAUAUCAGCUUGAUUCCUGACUCGUUUUUUUUAUAGAUUGUUUGUUGAGUGUAAUUCUUCCAGGUUAUGUUUGCUUGAAUGGGGUUGUGUUUAUUUUGUUAAUACAAACAAAACCAAGGCAGUUAAUGUUCGUUCUGGGUCUUGGACUUUAUAUAAGUGCGACUGUAAUAUGUGAGAAUAGCGUGACUCAGAUACUAUGUGAUUUAUUUUUAGUAGUUUGUUAUUCUGGAAUUGUUUUGAAGGCAAUGAAUUCAGUUUUGUACGUUUUUCCUGUUUUUGGCCCACUUAGGAGGAUGGGAUUGAUUACAGUGUUUGAUUUCGGUUGGUGGAAAAGAGCCAAAACUUGGGAAAUUUGAGCCCAAAGCAACCAAGUGCACAUAAUUUUUUUAUUCUGGAUGUACUCUCUGGUUGUUCUGGAUAAAGGAAACAAAUAAAAAGUGGUUUGUUUUAACAUUU